GUUGGAAAUUACCGCUUAUAGGUUAAAUAGUUGUUUAACAACAGGUUUUAUUGCAUUGAGAAAAUUUAUUAAAUUAAAAAUGGCAUCUUCGUUCGAGGAGAUAUUUGAAAAUGAAGUUAGUCUGGACGAAGAUCCUAGUGAACUUUAUGGUAUUCGAGAUGGUAUAUUGUUUGUAAUUGAUGCAACACCUCCAAUGUUUGAAAUUGAUCCCCACGAAGGAGUUUCAUAUUUUUUGCAGUGUAUAAGGCAAUACAAAGAAAUUCUUAAGCAGAAGUUGGUUUGGAAUAGACAGGAUUGGAUGGGUUUAGUGCUGUUUGGUACUGAAAAAGGGGACGUAGAUUCUGAAACAAAAAAUGUAUUGACUCUUCAAAAAUUGAACCUUGUUUCUAUGGAUAAUUUAAAAGAAAUUAUAAAAAUAGACGAAGGGGGAAAAUGGGAAUACUACAGGGACAUUGCUUCUUCUACUGCUUAUCCGCUACACGAUGUAUUGUGGCACGCGGCACGAAUAUUUUCAGCUGUAGAUAUAACUAUGCCAACACGGCGAGUCAUUCUCUUUACGUGUCAGGAUGAUCCUCCAAUGACGAAUAGCAAUGAAAAGCAUCGAAUACGAGUAAAAGCAUCAAAUUACAGCGAAAUAAGAACUCAAUUAUGUAUUAUUGGUCUGGGUGAAAAUUGGAAUCAUGACCUAUUUUACAAAGAUCUGGAAAUAUUAUCAGAAAAAAUUGAUGCUGACGAUUACAAAAGAACAUCUAUAAAAGAUCUAUUGCACGAAGUAAAAUUACCGUCUAGAAAUAUGGCAACAUUACCUUGGAAAGUGGGAGGAGAUGUGAUCAUAGAUGUAGCGGUUCGCAAUCUUUCCGUUAAAAGACAAUAUUUAAAAAAAGAAUGGAUAUCCAAAGAAACCAAUAUUCCUUUAACUUCACAUUCGUACAUGAAACUGGCUAGCGACAGUCCUAACGAAGAAGAAGGAGAUGACGAGGAGAACGAACGAUUACCGGAGCCUGUAUUAGAAACUCAAGUUCAGAAAUACCAAACAUUUGGUGGUAAAAGAAUAUGUUUUACAAUAGCGGAAAUGAGAUCCUUGAGCGGAACGCGAGACCCAGGCAUUGAUUUAAUUUGCAUAAAGCCUAUUUAUUAUCAUCCAUUGUAUCAUUUUGGUGCGCCAUAUUUUAUUACACCCGGUAAAAGCAAUCGUAAAGAUAACAGAUUAUUGUUUGGUGCAAUCGUUGACAAAUGUGACUCAAAAAAUUUGAUGAUAAUAUGUGCAGUAACACUAAGAAAGCGUUCCUCGCCGAAACUCUAUACUAUGAUACCGAAUUCAAGCAAUGGAGGUUUUUAUUUAUACCGAAUACCAUUCAAAGAACGCGUUCGAAAACUUGAUAAAUGUUGUCCAAAAUAUAUCUGCAACAAUAACAGUAAACCUUCGGCCGAUCCAAAUAGAGUUCAACUACUAAAAAAGAUAAUUAAAAAGAUAAGAAUUCGAUACGACCCAGCAUUGUUCUCAAAUCCGAAACUGCAAGUUCAACUUCAAACUGUAGAGACACUGGCUUUAGACUUGGAACAGGGUGAACCGCCGCCAGACGAUACUCUUCCAAGAAUCGUCGAGAUGCAGAAGCUAAUAAAAGAUUCAUUAGAUAAAUACCACGAAAUGUUUGACGAAGAAGAAGAGUGUACAAGUAGUGAACCACCGACUAAAAAAGUGAAAAAAUCUAGUGAAGCAGAUGCCAUACCUGAUUCAUUCAAUGAAGAAGAAAUUCGGAAAAUUAUAGCACAGGGAAAGAUAAACAAAGCUACUGUACCGCAGUUAAAAUCCAUGUUAAAAAUCUUUGGUUCAAAAACAUCUGGUAAGAAGGAAGAAUUGAUCAGAAGGCUUAAAGAAGUUGUUUGAGGUGGCUUCGAUAUCUAUUGUAUUUGUAAUAAAAAGUGUUAUGUUGUUUUAUUUCGUCUCGGUCUAAAUCUGGCGAAUCGAUCUGAUUAAACAAAAAAAUGAAGGAUAAACUGGUCCACUGGACUGGGGGAUAAUUCGGGCAAUGAAUCGUUCUUGUCUCGUGGAAAACAGUCUCUUUAUUGCUCCUUUUAUUACGUUAUUACGGGAGCCAC